AUGGAAUAGUUUUCAGAAGAUGAUGAAAUAUGUUUAAUACCAAUAAAAAAGAAACCAAAAGCUCAAGAACUAAACUAAAAUAAGUUAAACUUAAAACAAUAAUAAAGUUUAAAAAAACCAAUUAGCAAGCCUAAUCCUAAAAGAAUGGAUUUAAAAAUGUAAACCUCUUUGUUGAAUUCCCUUAAGUUCGUUGAAAACAUUCAACCUGAUGUUAUAUAAUCAAGUUUAAAUAAUGAUUUUACUGAAUGGAAGCAUUAAAACUUUGUUUUUAAAUUGAGCCAAUAAUCUUAAAAUUCAAAAGUAGAAUGUGAUGAUAAAAUAAAUCAAUAUUUUAAUGACUUUAAUUAAAAAUGGAAAAUAUAUCCUUAUAAACAUUUUGUUGAUUUAAAGCCUGAGACAGAUCAUGUUAUAAUGAAAUAACCUUUGUGUGAAUCCAAAAAAAUUAAUUAAUAAAAUUAGAAUUAAAAUUAAAUUAGAGUAAUUCCAUUGAAAUAAAGUGAAAAGUUGGCUGAUAUUAAAAUAAAAUUAGAGCUUUGA